UGACUACUUUCUGGAGAGCAGAACACGGAUGUUUCCCGGAUCUUCACUUCCUGUUGUGUUUUUCUGCUUCUCAAACCAGGAAGAUGGAUUUGGUGUCGAGUAAAUGGAUAGUUUAUUUAUUAUUUUACCUGUUUAUUGUUGGUGUCAGUUGUAAUUCAGUGGGAGACAAGAUUUAUGUGGACUUUAAAGACAAUAUCCCAUGUGUGCGACUGCUUAAUGCAACUCAUCAAAUAGGCUGCCAGUCAUCUUUGUCAGGUGAUGUGGGAGUGCUCCAUUUGCUGGAGUCAGAGGAAAACCUGGAUUGGGUGCUGAGUUCUGGUCCAGACCCUCCUUACAUGGUCAUGCUGGAGUCCACAUUAUUUACCAGAUCUGUCAUGAUGAAGCUGAAGAGCAGCUCCAACCGGGUAGCUGGUGUUGUUGUUGUGGCGCCAAACACAAAUCCAUCAGCGGGCUUCUCUCCACAUGCCAGCUGUCCCAAUGAGAACUCGGGUGUGUAUACAGAGAAGUACAGCCCGAGCCUGGCCCACUGCAACGCCACUGUGUGGAACCCGCUGGGCAACAACUUGUCUUACGAGGAGUUUGACUUCCCCAUCUUCUCUCUUAAAGACGACAAUGACACACAGGCCAUGCGGCAGUGUUACAUGGACCAUAACCGCCCUGUAAACGGCAGCAAGCCUCGGUAUCCUCUGUGUGCCAUGCAGCUAUUCUCCCACAUGUCUGCUGUCACCGACACAGCCACCUGCAUGAGGAGAAACAGCAUCGCCAUGAGUCUUAACCCGGAGUUUGUGUGCGACCCUCUGGGCGAUGUUAACAUUUGGGCGCUCAGCAAACCUCUGAACGUCACAGAGAAGGGCCACAAGCCGGGGGAGAGUGUGAUCAUCGCAGCAGCCAGGCUGGACAGCAGGUCGUUUUUCUUCGACAUCGCACCAGGAGCAGAGAGCACGGCCUCGGGACUCGUCACCCUGCUGGCGGUGGCCCACGCUCUCCGUAAUGCCACUCAGGAGGCUCAGCUCAACACAACCAUCAUGUACACCUUCUUCCACGGGGAAACGUUUGACUACAUCGGAAGUUCUAGAAUGGUGUUUGAUAUGGAGCGAAACCAGUCUAUCAUAGAUCUGGAUAACGUUCACUCCGUGUUGGAGGUUGGGCAGGUGGGUCUCCAUGGUGACACGAAGCUGUGGCUCCACUCUGAUCCUGUCUCUAGGAGGAACAGCAGCAUCGAUGAAGAGGUGGUAAAACUCAUCAAAAACUUGAACUCAUCUGCCAAAAGUUUAAACUUCUCUGUGGAGGAGCCUGGUUCCAGUCAGGCGCUGCCUCCUUCUUCCUUCCAGCGCUUCCUGCGAGCUCGACCAAUCCCCGGUGUCGUCAUAGAGAACCACCAGUCCACGUUCACCAACAGAUACUACCAAAGCAUGUAUGAUAACUCGGACUACCUGAACGUGUCGUACCCUCCUGGUCUAACACCAGAGGAGCAGCUGGACUUUGUUACAGAUGCUGCAAAGUCCUUGGCUAAAGUGGCGACUUUGGUGGCUCGAGCUCUGUUUGUUCAAGCUGGAGGAAAUGGAACCAGGUUUAACAUCGAGGCUGACGAGCUGCUGGUGAGCCGUCUGCUCUACAGCUUCCUUGUGAUGCCCAAUAAUUCCUGGUUCCAGCAGAUCAUCACCUCCAGUUACUCAAAACAAAUCAGUAACACGACCACAAAUUUCUACAUCGGCGUGAAUCAGCAGAUGAGCGAACCGACCAUUCUUGUCCAGUUCAUGUUGGCUAAUCUGACCGGUAGCGUUGUCAACACCACUCAGGAGAACUGCAACAACCAGAAAGAGAAUGAAGACGACAAGGAGACCAAACAUUUGUACUACUAUGUGUGGGCUCAAGGUGCAGCGCCCCCUAAUGGCACGGAGCGGGAAGGUUUCUGCGUUCGCUCCACCUGUCGAACUACUAAAGCAGUCUCUCCGGCUUUCGAGCUCGAGGAGUACACCUCCAGUAAUUACUCAACGUGGACGGAGUCCAGGUGGAAAUCAAUCAAGGGGCGCAUAUUCCUGGUGGCCAGUCACGACCUGGAGAUGUUGACCCUUGGCGUGGGUGUCGGCGUGCUGCUCACCUCCCUCCUCCUGACGUUCUUCAUCAGCUCGAAGGCAGACAUACUCUUCAACUCAGGAAGGGAACCCACCAACGCCACCUACUGACCCACAUGGCACGAUCUCAAGCCUGCGACCACUGCUAUAGUACUACUACAACAAACACUGCUACUACCACUUCUAUCCCAACCGGACAUCCUAUAAAACGUGAAGGUACACAGACGGGUUUUGCCUCGGCAGCGGAUCUGAGUUUCUUUUUUUUUUUUGUUUGUUUUUUGUGCGCUCAUGGACUCAUUUCAGGUGAGACGUGAAGACUGGAGCGGACUCGAUGGAUCUGGACUCACCAGGGUCAGAAAACACUGGUCAGGCACCAGCGGGCCCUGCCAGUGGAAACAAAAAGAUGUUCAUAUUUCAUUUUAUUUAGGUUUUUGUUCUUCCCCUUUUAUCGUCAAAGAAUGUUUUGUUUACUGUGUCGUGGGAUAGGCACUGAACAGCGAGCAUUAUCUUGAGUGUGUGUAAGACUGAAUGUGUGUGUGAGACAUUUAUGCGUGUGUUUGGACUUCAGAAUGGGGAUUGCAAUGGUAUGUGCAAUACUGUAGCUGUCUUCUUUGUAAAUGUAGUUAAAUUAUCAAUUCCGAUGAUAAGAAACCACUUUCUGAGCCAAUGAUCAAUUAAGAUUAAAGCUUUUGCAACACCCAAAUUUUAAUUUUAUGUGUUCAGGAAGGAUAAUAAAUUUAACUCAAUGAAUUUCUACAUGUGGUGGUUGAUUCAUUUUGAUUUACCUUUAUUUUGAUGUUUGAUGGGGGAAGUAAAGUUUUGAAAACUCUGAUAUGACUGACAAACACUUUUCGUAUUUAUCAGUUACCAAAAACAGUCAUAAAGGAGUGAAAAUGUAGAAUGAAAACAAUGAAAAGGUUUCCAUUCUCUGUGCACUUCCCAUUUUUCUUUUUCACUUUGUAAGAAAAUGUUUUAGAAAUCCAUUGAUUAAAAAAUAAAUACAUUUUGCCUGCCA